AUGAUGCGCAGUAGCAAGCCCAUUGCGUCUAUGCAGAAGACGUACGAUGAAUGCUACUUGAUCUGCUCAACUGCCGUCUUCUUUGAGUCGCAGAACAAUGAGACUGAAGCCUUACGGUCAUGGCGAGAAGCGCUUGCUCAUAUCUACCAACACAAUGCUACCCGAGCAUCAUCGGCAUGGUAUCCCAAAACCGGGACAGAACGCUCCCUUAUGAAUGCCUUGAAUGAGAUGGAAAACCAAUGCAAGGAAAGGGUGGACUUGCUAACGGCACUAAAGGAUAGCAGGACUGAAGCUGGACAAUCAGAGCCUUCCAGCAACCUGAGCAGGGCCAGCCUGGUCGCUAACAACGGCUCAGCAACAUGGCUCGGUGAUGGUAGCAUUCCUCCUGCACAGUUGUCACAAAUCCCGUCGUCUUCCUCUUCGAGACCGCCUCUACCUAUCCGCCGGAAAAGCAGCGGUAGUGUACUCGAUCAGCCUGGUUUAGGUGUACCUCCGAACUUGCCUGUUCCUGUGACAAAGAAGGCGUCGAGGAGUCCAAGUCCUGACCAGAGAAGGCCCAUGAGAACGACACUAAGACCUGAGAAGAAGGGUAUGAGAUACGCUAGGAAUGCGGACCAGCCACGACCAAAUACUUUGAAAGCCGCUGGGCUUGCUUGGGAUUCACGCGCUCCAAGGUCGAGCUCUACCGCAAAGACUGACUACGAUCCUACCAUUGAGGCAAGGUUGAGUGCUCAGGCGGCCAGGAGAAGCCUCGAUAUGCCUAGGAACGAGUUGGAUCCCAAGACAAGCAAUGUUGUCUCUAUGCCCGACCCAGCCGACUAUGCUAGCCCUACUUACAAUCUUGCUGCACAAGCUGGUCAAGCAUCCUACGAUCCACGACCAUCUCCACAUAGUCCAAGACGAUCGUAUAUGAAAUCUGCUCCAGACUUACGGCCACAACCCGAAAGUAGUUCUCCUCUGCCGCCAGCCACCAAGGACACUCCACCUCCUAUACCGACACACAGGAUAAAACCUGCUGAGAUCAAGUACAGAAAGGAAUUCUUCGGUACAACACAGUCUGUGCCGCAAUCUCAAGCGGAUGCAAUACUCAGGAGAGCAUAUGCUCAACCAGAUCCCAACUUGGUAGACCCGAAACCAACCGGCCUCGCAAGAAAGCCAGUCGGCUCUCCAGUAAACACCACAUCAACUACUCGUCCACCGAUACCAAAAGCGAGACAGCCAUCAGCCGAUGAUAUUCCAACAUCAUCCCGACGACCUCGAUCCCAGGCAAGAGUCGACCGGUCACACGGCUCAGGUGCAAUCACACCACCUUCGACCGAUGACGAUUCUUUGGAAGAUGAAUCCCAACAAGAACCCGAGAGGUCGGCCUUUGAGCUACGCGUUGAAGCCCUCCUGGCCAACCUGCCUAAAGGUGUGGAUCCAUUCGCUGCUAAGCAAAUAUUGAACGAGAUAGUGGUACAAGGUGAUGAAGUCCAUUGGGAAGAUGUUGCAGGCCUUAAUGCAGCCAAAAAGGCCCUGAAAGAAGCAGUCGUCUAUCCAUUCCUGCGACCAGACCUAUUCUCUGGCUUACGAGAACCUGCUCGUGGUAUGCUGUUGUUCGGACCACCGGGAACAGGCAAGACCAUGCUUGCUCGGGCUGUAGCAACAGAGAGCAAAAGUACUUUCUUUGCUAUCACCGCCUCGACGCUGACAAGCAAAUGGCAUGGUGAAAGUGAAAAGCUAGUACGGGCUUUGUUCGCCUUAGCUAAAGCAUUGGCUCCCAGUAUCAUCUUUGUCGACGAGAUUGAUUCGCUACUUAACAGCAGAGGAGGUGGCACCGAACAUGAAGCCAGUAGAAGGAGCAAAACAGAAUUCCUUAUAGGAUGGUCAGAUUUACAGAGAGCUGCAGCAGGAAAGGACACAUCAAUUGGUGAUGCGACUCGAGUGCUCGUCCUUGCAGCAACAAACUGUCCUUGGGAUAUUGACGAAGCGGCGCGUCGAAGGUUUGUGCGAAGACAAUAUAUACCAUUACCAGAAUUGGAGACAAGGGAGGCACAGCUGCGAACUUUACUGAAGUCGCAGAAGCAUUCUUUAAGUGAGAGGGAUAUUGUGACGCUAACAGCGCUUACAGACGGCUACUCCGGAUCCGACAUAACAGCACUCUGUAAAGAUGCUGCCAUGCAGCCUCUCAGAAAUCUCGGAGAAGCACUACUCACAACCCCCAUUGACCAGAUCAGACCUAUUUCGUUAAGCGACUUUCGUUCGAGUUUGGCCAACAUCCGGCCUAGCGUUGGUAAAAAGGGCUUGGAGCAAUUUGAAGAGUGGGCCGCAGAGUAUGGCGAACGUGGUGCUUAA